UACAACUCAAGUUGGGUUUUUACCGUAGGUUUUAACAAAUAAUUACUUAUUAUUCUUAAAAAUUAUAGAAGAAAUGUUGCUAUAAUGUAGAAAACCUACUGCUUUAUUCAAGUAAUUGAAUUAAACAGUUCCGGAAAAGAGUAUAAUGUACUAAUAUAAGUAACAUCAUGUUCAAGAAGUUCUUUAGUUUCAUUGUACUUUGUAUCAUUUAUAAUUUAGUAAAUAGUUAUGUUACUAUUACAUCAAGAUCUAUUACCUCUCCUUUGGAAAAAUACAAAAGCUAUAAAGAUGUAGAUAUGAUCCAUUUGCAUAUACCACAGGAUACGAUAUUUGCUUCAUUUAAAUUUAUGGCUGAUGAAACUCGCAUGUCCAUUUUCUCAUGUACAAUCAGAAAUGUUUCCAUAUAUAUGAAACAUGGAGCUGCUCCAGUCAUUAAUCCAGAUGGAUCGCCUUUUCCAAAAUUAUUUAAAAACAUAACCAGGAGUCCUUUACAUAAUUUAGAAAUACAGACAAAUAAAAAGGAGGCAUUUAUUAAUAUUACUUCACCAGAUCCAGGCUCAUAUAUUGUGGUUGCCUUUCUAUCUUACCGUGAUCCAAAAUACAAUGCAAUUAGUCAACAAGGACUACGAGCAGAUUGUGACGCUUAUCUCGAAGCGUCACUGUUUGUGAGAAAAAUUGACAAUCCGUUGAUGAUUACCGAUGACAAUUUAUUUCAAUUAAUCGCAUCAUCGAACGAAAACCGAUAUUUUAAAUUUUUCGUUCAAAGUUCAAACGACCAGGCAGUUUUAUUCGUUAACAAUAUAAUUUUCCCGGACAAUUCAAAAUAUCUGACUGUUAGAAUAGAAGCAAAUAAACCUCCGUCUGAAGAAGUACAUCACAAACAAGAAAUUAUAUACUCGAACACGACUUCUUCUACUCUAUUUUUUUCUACAAAUCCGGAUGCUUGGCAUUAUAUCGAAUUCAUAUAUGACGGAAAAAACGAUAAUACGACUACUGGAAACUUAACUUUCCAAUUGAAAUUUAUAUCGAACGAACUUCCUGAAAAUUCUAACCAUUAUACAUUGUUAACAAACGAAACUUACUUCAAUAAUUCAGUUUCAAAAACAUUCCAUAAUUAUAAAAUUACAAAUUUAGUACCAUAUAAGCAGUACGAUUUGAUAAGGGAAGCUACUUCGGAGACGUUUUUCUUUUCUUUCGAAUUAGAAAAAGAACUGGAAUCAAAAGUGCCUAUAGCGAUAAAUAUGACGAAUUCUCAUUUCUCCCUUUUGAAGUUUAGACUUCGAGAAGGAACCGAUGUAGGAGGAACUUUACAAUUUAUUUUAGCAUUUAAACCUAGAAUCGAUCGAUCUCAAUAUACAUUUUAUAAGGCUGAACCUUCGGACCACGUCGUUGUGGCUUGCAUAAGAAAGGGUGCAAUGGAAGUACCGACUUGGCCGAACAAUUGUGUCUACAACGAUGUGAACAAGCAGUCGCAGCUAAUAUUAAAUAGUACCAAUGAAAAUUCUACAAUACUCAUUCCGUACCCAGAAAGUGGAACGUGGUAUGCCACUUUCAAGCUAUUUUGUGGUACCUGUAAGCCUUGUACAUGUUCAAAAUCUUGCCAAAAACAAUACGAAGAUUGCGUGAUAGAUUGUGAGCUCAAUUGCGAUGUACCUUGGGAUUGUCAAUUAUGUACUACGAAUUGCAGUUCGCAAAUUAUAAGUUCUGAUGAUUGUAAGGGAUGCGAUUGCGAUGGACCUUGUUUGAAGAACGACAAUGUUACUUGCACCAGUAGCCUUUUAUUCGACGUGGGUUCUCAUCCGUGCAUUUUUGGACAAUGUUCUAGGAAUGGUAGAUGCAUGUUUUUGGUGUCUGAUGGUGUGGUAUUCUCUACAUGUGUUUGUAUGAAUAAGUACAGGGGUUGGGACUGUUCCGACAAUUCCCAGGCGACUUCUUUCUACAUGGUAAUUAUAGAAUUGAUGCUGCUUGUCUUUAGUAAUCUAGCAUUUUUACCCGCCGUUUAUGUAGCUUAUAAACGAAAAUACUACAUAGAAGCGCUUGCCUACUUCAGUACUUGUUUCUUCUCCACAUUCUACCAUGCUUGUGAUUCGGGUGAAAACCUCAUCAACUUCUGCAUGGUGCGUUUGUCCGCAUUGCAGUUUGCGGAUUUCUUCUGUGCCAUCUUAGCCAUUUGGGUGACGCUCGUGGCUAUAGCCGACCUUCCGACUCUUUGGACGAACAUAAGUCACAUGGUCGGUGCUAUAAUUUUAGCGUUUUUCACAACAAUCAAUAAAACUUCGUUAUGGGUAUUUAUAGUACCCGUUGUAACGGGUAUAAUCGUAAUAUUGGGUAGUUGGAUAAUCAAGUAUCGUAAGGUAAAACAACGAUUCGCUAAUCGAAGAUAUUUGUAUUAUAAAUUGCCGAUUGGCGUGGCUGUUGUAAGCGUCGGUCUAAUUUGUUACGCCUUUUUGCAAACCGAAAACAACUAUAAAUACCUGCAUAGCCUUUGGCAUUGUUUAAUGGCUGUAGCCUUGAUUUUAAUAUUACCAAAACCAAAUACAUUCCUUCCGGAAGUAGUCUUGUAAGUACGGGUAUUCCAAAUAAUUGUUAUUUGGUUAAUCGUUAUGAAGUGGUUCCAAAACUGUUUUUUUUUUCGCGUCCGACUUUGUAGAUAGCUAAAAUUGGAAUUUACAAAAUGAUUUAAUUUAGAUACGUGGGAAAAACCCGUUGUAUUACUAUAAUUUUGAUAGUAGUUUGUUGUUAUUCAAAGUGUUAAUACAUUUUUUUAAAUUUUUAUUUAUUCAUCUACAGUGUUUUUCAAAAAGUUUUGCAUCAUUAGGAAAAACUCGUUAUGUUACUAUAAUUUUGAUAGUAGUUUGUUGUUAUUUAAAGUGUUUAUGCUUUUUAUUUUAUUUUUAUAUAUUGAUCUACAGUGUGUCUCAAAAAGUUUGCAUCAUUGGAAAAAAUCCAUUAUGUUACUAUAAUUUUGAUAGUAUUUGACCAAGAUCACUUCAAGUGGACCCCCUAUGUUCCACUUGACCAUAAAAAUUAAGUCCAUGUACUGUUUUUAUAAGUAGUUACCUUGAAAAAUGAAUCCCUCAAACAAUUUUUAAAAAUUUUGAAUUUAACAAUAAUAUUUUUAAUAAUUAAAAUUUUGAGUACUUUUAAUUAAAAAAAUGGAUUUUAAAUCAACCGUUAAAGAUAAAUUAAUAAACUUUUUAGGAUUUAUUGUCAAAUAUCUAUGUUUUGAUAAAAUAUUAAUAUCUUAAAAUUAUUUGUUUAUUAUCGCAUUGUUAAUUAUCUUUUAAAUAAACAAAUGAAAAUUUCAUUGAUUUCUCGGUAAAUGUAUAAAGGUUUUUUUCGCUUACAUGAAACAACCGAGAUAUUGGACUUCCACACACUAAUGGACCACUAUGUAUAUUAAAAACAUGAAUGUAUGUAUUUGGGUGUCUCUUAUAUGGAAAUCAAAUUAGAUUAGGUACUUAUUUAUUAAAAAAAGAUAAAAUUACAGAUCAGGCAGGAUCUCUUUUUUACAGUCUGGAUACAGAUUUCUAUGAUCUUGGUACACAGCGUAGCAAAAAUUGCUUUUGUUCUUUCUUUGCAGUGAUUAAACCAUGAAAAUCUUGCAUAAGUUUUACAGCCCUUUCAGCUGUAUCAUUAACUGCCCUUAAGGAAAUAACUUUUUCUUUUGCCUCUAAAUAGGCAACAUCUUCGUUCCACGUAGAAACGGAUCUCUGGAGGAAGUUCUUAUCAAUUUUUAAUCGACAAAAUAAGCUUUUACUCUUGACAGACACAAAUUCAUCACGUAAUGAUUUUCCUGCAACAAUAAAUAAGGCAGUAUUAUUAUCAGUUUAGUGAAAACAAUAUAAAAAAUUAAUGUAUUUCUACCUACCAUACAAAUAAUCAGACAUAUCGUCUUUUGAUGGAAUGUAUCUCUUCCCAGAAUCAUACAAACUCUCUCUUUGUAAGUUCAGUACAAUAUUUCCCUUGGUUUGUUUAUCAACUUCAUCAUCAAAGAGUGAUAGAACGGCAAUUUUUUCCGACAAGUACCAAAGAUGUUGACUAAACUUGCUCAGGGCGCUUUGGAAAUCAACUAGUCAACAGUUUCAUAUUCCUUAAGCAAAUCUUGAUUUGAUGCCUUCACCUUGCAUUGAAGCCAUGGUUUCACGCCUUGAAGUGCUCGUUUAUCCUUGGCGCUAAUUUUAAACCGAUAUUGCAAGAAACAUAUUUUUAAAGAAUAAAUAGCUCUAGCCAUUCACCUAGCUUGGUGCAUCGCUCCAGGAGGUCUGAUUUUAAUUUUUUUUAUUAUCUCCUCUUAAGAAAAGAAUUGAUAAUUCAAUCAGUUCCCGAUAAUCGUCACGUACAAUGUUUUUUGAAAUUCUUGAUUAUAAAACGUUAAUAAUUCUUGUAUUGUAUAACAAAAAUAUUGUGUGACGAUAUCGGUGUAGGUUUCAAUAGCAACAGGAUUGAUUAAUAGUUUUCCAGUUGUCUCUAAACUUUUGAACAGUGUACAUUGAACAUUUUAAAAUUAGUUCAUAAACAUGAUGGCAAUCGCCCUGUAUUAGACGCAGUUGUGUCACACAUAUGAAGACUAGACACAGCACAAUAUUUGUACUUUGCCAUCGUGGUUCCAGUCAUAAAGUGCUUUUCACACAUCUUUAUUUUUAUUUAUUUUAUUUAUUUAGUACACCACUCAACAGUUAAAAAGAGUGGGAUGAACAUAAAUUAAAAGCAAAUACAAUAUACUAAUGAUAUACAUCACAAACGAGUUAAGAACAUCAAAUAUGACUGAACAUGAAACAAAUAAGAAGUACAACGAACUCUAUUUUUAAGAAAAACUGAAGGUAAAAUAUUCAGUAAUAUUUAAGUUUUUAAAGGAGCAUAAAACAUUUUAAAAAAUUGAAAAAUUAAAUUAAAAUAAAAUAAAUACACACAAAAUAUAUAUUAUCAACUUACCAAGCAGGAUAAACACCUACUCAGUUUCUAUGGUAAUAGCUCUAAAAAUAUCUAUUUUCUUACAACUAAAAAUAUCCAAAGUGUAUUGAAGGCGAUGAUAAUUAUUGAUCAUUUGAAAAAUUGGAGAACCGUUCAAAAUAUUUGUAUUUGCAGCCGGCAAGUAAAAGCUUAAGUAUAUUCUAGUAUAUUUAGCUUGAUCUUGACCGGAAUAGCUCUCCAGUUUGGACACAGCCAGAAGUUGUUCCUUUUCUCCAAAUGAAAUUAGAAUUUGCAGGCGUUCUUCUUUAGAACUUCUAACGUCCAGUACAGGUAAUAAUUUCCAAUCCCAGUGAACGAUCACCACUUCAGACAUAUUAUUCUUAAAAUCUGAUUUUUUAGAUUCCGCUCUAUCUUAUGUACUCUGUGUGCUAAUGCGUUGAAUGGACGAUUUGUUUAUCGGGUAAUCAUCACAGCGAAGAUCUAGUGCUUCUACUACAGCCUGAAGUAUAUAAACAGAAUCCCUUAUGCUUAAUUGACAUCUAUCUAAAGCUGCAACUAACUUAGGCGUUCCAGAACUUACCGUUUGAGAGGUGGAUGACAAGGGUACCUCAAGGCUUUCAUCAGAGCUGGUAGAUUGAUCGUGAGGUCCUUGCGUUUGUAUACAAUCUUGUGUUGUAAGAGAUGACGGUAAACUCCCGAAACACAUUUGCUCAUGUCUUUUUUCUCUACUUGUAAUUUUCUCUGUAUUACCCUUUCUUCUUUGUCGGCUAACUUUUUGUCUACACCCGCUAAACACCCUGGAAGUCCUUUUUGUUUUUGUAAAAAUAAUUUAUCUUCUUCGAUUUUCAUCCGUUCCAAAGCAUCAGUGUGUUCUAUAUCGAAUAAAUUAUCUAAAUUGUUUUGAAAGUCCACCUCACGGCGCUCGGAUUUUUUUUGCAACUCCCUCCAAGCACGGUAAAGAUACACAAGUUUUUUUUUACAUAGUUAGCUUUGGUAGGGAUUCUAACCUUUUCCCAAAAAAUAAUACACUCUCGAAUGACGAGAUUUGCGCUUUCACUAACAGUCAGUUUAAUUUCGCGAAUGUUAAAAAAAAGUACCUCAAGAACUUAACGGUUUGACGGUAACUUUGCGCCUGUUAUUUGAUAAUUUACUCACCAACUAAGAAAAUACUUUUUAUUAAUGCUUCUUAAUUCCACUGCCAUCUUCUAAAUGCAAAACAAUACGUCUUAAUCACGAGAAUAACCGAACAAAUAACAAAUACCGCGAAUAUAUGCCGCUACUUUCGCGUAACUUGUAUGAAGAUGAUUCUGUGCAAGUCGGCACGGGUCAUCUUACUCCAAAAUAGGUAAAAAUGUAUUUCCGAGUGUUUUAAGAGCAAAUGAAGAAAAGCAAGACCAAUGCUUUAGAAAAUAAAAACUUUGAACAAUAAGGGACACCCUAGUAUGUAUAGCAACUAUGCGUAAAGAAGAGUCUGAAGUGUAUUAGUGAAAGGAAAUGUUUCUCUUUAGUUGUAAUUGAAAUAAAUACGCAAAGUCGAAGCUUACAUUAACUUGAGACUAAUUAUUGGCCUAUAAAAACAUAUUUAGAAGAAACCCUUAAAGCAGGGAUGCACGACGCCAGUGUCGUUUUGGCGGUCCGCUGGCCGUUGACCAGUUUGGCCCGCUUACGACAAAUUAUACAUUUUUUAGUAACAAACUUGUGUUUAGACUGACGACCUUUUUUUAGAAAUCUGAACCGACUAUUGUAGGCUCAGGUCUCUCUUGGCGAUCCUCGUACAGUUACGGAUUUUCAAAUCUGGCCCUUUGAAAAUCUGAGUUGUGCAGGCCUGCCUUAAAGCAUUAAUUUAUAAUAGAUCUCUGUAUGGAAAGUACACUGGGAGGAGUUGGUAUUUACAACAUCUACUUAACACUUUAACCCAGCAGUUUUUAAAGGCUGUGUUAAAAAAGAGCGCUUACAAAAAUGGCGGUGGAUAAAAUAACGCGGCCCUUAUAGCGUUUGGACAAAAGGGCGUGUCAUAAAACAGCGCGUGGACAAAAAGUGCGUUAUAAAAUAGCAUUUACCUUUAAUAACGCGUCAUAAAAUUAUGUUUGUCCUUAAAAGCGCGUCAUAAAAUAGUAUUUGCCCUUAAAAUCGUGUUAUUAAUAAGCGUUUGGCUUAAAGAGCCCAUGACCUAAUAGUGCGUGGUCAGCAAUAAUAACGCGCUAAACACGCUUAGGUAUGUAUUCAGAACGUUGAUAAAGUGUAUGGAAUACUGUCGAUAACUUUCAUUAUACAAGGCGUUCCAUAAGGAAUGGUAAAUAUUUUAACCGUAGGUUCAGGAACUCAAAAUAUCAAUAUUUUGUUAAAUGACACUGGGUCAAUGUUAUCUACUUCUGAGAUACAGGGUGUUUUUUUUUUGCAAUAUUUUCGUUUUAAUUUAACGUAAUGGCUUGAAAUUUGGUACGAUUGUAUUUUUGGGCUAGUUAGUCAUAAGCAUGUUAUCAAUUUGUGACUAGUUUAAGAGGGCGCCACCUGCUCUCUACAGGAUGAAGAAAACUUUUUUUAUUCUUGACAUUUUUACAUUUUUUUCGAGUCUUUAGGGUAUCUGUUUACAAUAUUUUAACGUACUGAAACAAGUAGGUAUACAUUUUUUGUUCAAAUUUACAGGGUGUAUCAUAAAUCUUAGACCAUAGGGCCUGAGCUAAGCCACCGAAUUUUGCUCCUGAAACAUUGAAGUUUUAUCUAUCGAAUCACGACCGAACAUUUUAAAUGUUUUUUCGGGAAAAUGCUUUUUACCCAAUUUUCCGACUAGUACAACUUUUUUGUCGACAUUUGUUUUUCGAAUUUUCAAACUUUUCAACAAAUUUUCCAGUAGAAUUAAAAAUUCGCGUAUACUUCUCGACAUUCUUCACAAUCUGGCAUUUAAAUUUUUACUAAUAUCUUAAACACAUUUCCCAGGAAAAUUAGGGUAAAUUUUGGGUCGAACGCUUGACCUGGAAAAACUUUGCCUAAAAAGGAGGUAGAAUAAAAAGACUUCAAGAAUAAAUAUUUUGCUUGUGAGAUUGACGAAAUAAAAAACCGUGUAUAUUUGUUGGCUUUUUCAAGUGAUUAUGUCGGAAAAUUUUUGAAUUUUUCUUCGGAAAAGUGAUUUUCCACCAAUUUUCUAAGUUAACUUAAUUUUUUUUUGGUAAAUUUUCUUACAAUGGAUGAAAUUCGAAAAUAUAAUGUUUGUUUUGAGUAUUUUCCGGAAAAACUAUAAAUUUGCGUACAAUACUCGACAUUGCUCAUUUAAAUUUUUGUUAGAUCUUAUACACAUUUUCCAGGAAAAUUAGGGAAAUAUUUGGGUGGGACUUUGAUUAUAAAAGAGGAGAUAGAGAUAGAAUACAAUAAGAAUAAUUAUUGCGAAAUUUUUUAGUAAUUUAAGACAAAUUUAAAAUAAAUGUGUUCUUCUUUUAUCGGAUAUUGUUGGAAAAUUUGAAAUUAUCCUACGGUAAAAUUGAUUAGUGGUCCCAUGACAUGAGACAUGACUCACUAAAAAAUUGCAUAAAAAAUGAGAUAGAGCAAAAAGACCUUAAUAAUUGAUGUAUCACAUGACAGGGGAAGGGAAAUCAAAAAUCGUUAUACUUUUGGAUUUUUAUCAAAAAAUUAUGAACAAUUAAAAAAAAGCGUGCUUUAAAAUGUCUCUAUCGAAUGACAUUUAAUUACUUUAUUUUACACUGAGACAUUUACACAUUUUAGUUACACGCAGAAAAAUUUUUUUCUUGUAUAUGUUCGUUUGUGACAUGGAAGAAAGAAAACUUUUUUCAACACAUGUAUUUUAAUGGCGUUGUUUAGAGACACGCUUUAUCUUCUUGCAGCUAUUAAGAAAUACGUUGUUUCCUAGCGCUAAUAAGGUAAGCGCUCAUAUAUCCUAGCGCUAUUAUAAUAGGACGCGUUCUCUUGUUACAAAAAAUUUUGCCCGGCACCAUUUUUUAAAAGCCCUCUUUUUUUAACAGUCGUUUUUAUGACGUUUAAGCUCUAUAAAGACGAGCAUAAUCAUGCAGAAGGUUAAAAUAAUUUGUGAGGUUCUUAAAAAUUGCCAUUUUUUACGAUAUUCCUUUUCGAAAAACUACUAAAAAAUAUAAAUUCGAGAUUAUAGUAAUGAAUAAUUUUUUUUUAUUCUAUUUAAACUAGCUAAAUACAAAGUCGGAAAUGCACAAAUACGUACUCCUUUUAAAAGUUUACUUCAUAUGGAAUCACUAGUUAGCGUACAAUCAUUUAUUGUAAAGUUGAUUUAUACAAUUAUUAUACAAAGUCUUACUUUAUUUCAUAUCCUAUUAUUUUAUGAAAAGCAGUUCUCGUAUGAGUUUGUUCUUCAAAUUCUGACGCACCCUAUAUUUAUUUAUUUAUAUAUUUUUUGCUCUGUAAAAGACAUUAAUAUGCUCGUUCAAUGAUUUUAUCUAUAUGACUUUCUUCAGAAGUUUUACCAGUCUUAAUAUUAAUCGGUUUCUAAAAGGUCUGAUCUGUUUUUUUUAAAUAUUGUUUUGUUUUAUUCAUUAAUCUAGAAAUAUCUUUUUUAUUUUAAGAUCAGAUACAUUUCAAAACCACCGUUGGUAUAACUUCUUUGUGAUAGUAGAUUUCUUAGAAUAGUUUCCAUUAAGUACCUAUACACCCACAGAUCUUAUAUGUUACAUUUAUUUGACUGUUAUUAAUUUUUAUUUCUUUAUUACUUCUUUGCCAGUUUUUAACAGAAGUAAAAGAAUGAACUACUUACCUCAGGUAAGAUUAAUUUAAAUAAAAUGUUAUUUAUAUUUUACCAGCUUUAAAUAAUUACCAUAUUUUCCAAUUCCGGAAUAUCCAAGCCACGUGUUUAUUUUAUAUUAACAUUUCAGAUCCAUUAUAUAGAAUCAUAUCUGACUAGUAACUAAUAAUUUAAUUUUUUCUACUUUUAUGUACCCACUCCUUUUCUCUACACACGUUUUUACUUCAUCCAUUGAUCCGCAUUUUGUAAAAUUUAAAUAUUUAUUUUCAUUUAUCUCGCAUUGUCAGUGUUGCCAUAAGCCUCUGCGAAAACUCACGAAAUUUUUCGCUCAAGACAAAAAUAGCGUUUGUUUGUAAAGGGAAAAGUUCAUCGCUGUCACCGCCGGUCCGUGUUCAGUAAUUCAAGUCCAGUGUUAGUUAAAGACACUUAAAUUGCUGAAAUGUCCUAAGGAAUUCGAAGUAGGUAUUCGAAAAAUUUAUAUUGUCAAUUUCCCCGGAAAGUGGAAAAUUCUCCGCGCAUUGGCAACACUGCACAUCGCUCCUAAAUACUCGUUCCCACGAGUCGAUUUUGGUUGAACGAUUUUUAUUUAUCGACUAUGUAAACGUACUUUUAAAUUUUUGUUGAACGACAAAAUCGUUUCAACAAGAGUUCAACCUAUUCAACGAUUUUUAUUUAUGCCUUAAUCGACAUUUGAAAUAGUGUUUUUUGUUACUCGAUACAUAUAAUAUGUCGUCUCAAAAUCCAUUUCCGAAAUACUACGUUCUGCUCGUUUUCUCUUAAAUUUUGAUAAAAUAUUUCUCAAUUCUGUCUAUUAAUUCACAAAAUAUCCAGAUAGCUCCACGAAUAACCUCGUUAGUCACCAUUUUGCUUUCAACUAUCUGUUCAACAUUCGUUAAAACACGUGAACAAAAACUUGAUUAAAUUUUAGUUGAUCAAUAAAUUUCGUUCGACUAAAAUCGACUCGUGAGAACGCGCCUUAAUUGUAUUCCCGCCUCAAUUCCUAACCUUACUAUUAUAAUUAUACUAAUUUCCAUAAUAUUUCAAGUACUUUAUAUGUAUGGCUCUGCGGUUAUUGUAAAAAUAUUUUUUUUUCUUUUAUAUUAACGACGAGUAUUCUUGUACAUGCAGUGGAUUUUCUCAAUGUAUCUAAGUCUUCAAUCUUUGGACAAACAUUAGGUCUAUUCCCUUGCAUCGAAAAUGUAGCACUAAGUUACACAACUUCUAAAAAUAUCGUUCCUUCCAUACAAUUUGUAUAAAUGGAACGAUAUUUUCAGACUCAGUACUACACCAUUCAAUGCAAGGGGAUAUACCUAUUAUGUACUCGAUCAUUUCUAAAGUUGUCAAUCUUCUUUUACAGUCGUUUCAACUUAAACAAAAUGCAUCAGCUACUCGUUAAACUGUGACUUUGGAAGGGACAUUGUCGCCAAAUGUUUGUUGCAUAUCAGUCAAAAUUUUGAAGGAAUAGCAUUGCCAUUUUUAAAUUAUUUUUUUUUAAUCUAUUAUUAUUAUUAUUAAAUCUUUCGUUGGCUUCAAAGACUUUUGUUGAGAACUGUCGAGUGUUAUUCUCAGAAGAGUGGCACUAUUUGCGUUACCAUGUUUCAGGUUAGUACUAAAUAUUAACGAUUCGGUUUUUUCUUUAUUAAGAUUUAAUUUGCUUGUAGUAAACCAUUCCCCAGCCUUAGCGACUGUCAUUUUACUGACAUUUUCAAGAGUGUCGAUAUCUCUGUUAGAAAUAGGUUUGAUUUCUAUGAAUUUCUAUAAAUUUCUCAGAAUUUUUAUAAAUUUCUAUAAAUUUUUAUAAAUUUCUAUAAAUUUCUAUGAAUUUCUAUGAAUUUCUAUGAAUUUCUAUGAAUUUCUAUGAAUUUCUAUGAAUUUCUAUGAAUUUCUAUGAAUUUCUAUGAAUUUCUA